UUUGUGCUCACUUCAUGUGUGCAAAAAUCGGGAACUGCGUAAGCAAUUUUACACGUCUUCUUGCCAAAGUAAAUGGGCUUUCGUGAAGCAAGUGCACAUUACUCUGCACUUAAUGACCUUUGGCUGUUCAUUAGAGCGUCGCGACAAGAUUUUUGAAGCAGAACUAGCAUGCGACAUUACCGCUUCUCCAUCCUACCAACACUAUUUUUCCCUCAAAACUUUGACAUUCCGCUGUUUCAUUCGCAUCAGAACCAUUUCAUUGUGCUAGCGGGAUACACGUCCUCAAGAAGCGGAAGCUAUGAAGGUGAGAUGGACACUGUGGUUGUUCCUUAUUACCCACGCCUGGGCACGAGGAGGUCACUUUCGGGCCGAGAUGAAAAAUGCUCUAUUAAAUAGCGACCUGAUGCCACCAAGUCUUCUGAUCCAACAAACUCGAAGCUCAAACCCUGACAUGGCCUACCUGGCCUCUGCAGUAAACGCGUCAACCGUUUCAGGAGCUUUGAACACCAUGAGAUUUCACAGGAAAAUGAUGAACGAGUAUCUUUGUCGUGGCUACAUGGCUCAGGACAUACUCGACCAGUUGCAAAAGGACGCAAAUGAGGGAGUUGAGAUCGAGCAGGAGGACCGCCCUCCAAAGGAUAAGUUGCAGAGGAGAGGAGGACAAAGAAAGACCACCAAGCCCAAUCCACUGCUCAAAGACGAAGGUUCCUCCAAUUACAAAGAUUGGCUUUCUAGGAGCGCGGUUCUUGAGGACAUUUAUCGGCGAUAUGAACACUUGUCUGACGACGAGGAAGAAGAAUUUGAUCAGAGAGACAGAAGCAUGGUUGAUAGGGAUGACGAUUAUGAUGCGGAGGUGACGGGUUGGGCAUUAGAACAACCUCAACUUCAAACGAGGAAUCCUCACGGGGCCAAGCAGGACCAUCACACAAGACAAAACUACGACGAAGACGAACGCGACUUUGCCGACGAAAAUUGGGACAACAGCAAUCCCCACCAGGUGGCUGAUUGGGAGUCGUCCGGACAUGGACAUGUGAGCGGAGGUAGCAGCGCUGGCAGCGGCUUGCAGCUUGGUAUCGGAGAUAUGUACGAUGUGGCGCUCACCGCAAUUGCCAUCCUAGCAUUCGGAAUAUUCAUACUGAACGUUUUCCUAGGAAUAUUACUUCCAACUUCCUCUACAAGAACGGUGGUCAUCUCCAACUUGACCCUGCCUUUCAGAAAUCGAGAAGGAGAAUCGGAAAUACCCUUGGCUAAACUAAACGACGACGAGGACAAAACUCACGAGAGAAUAGCGCGAGCCAUUUCCGAAGAACCAGAGGAGUCGGAGGAGGGUGCGGCGAGACUGGUGCUUAUCACCAUAAAGGCUGCUCUUCGCGGUAAUCCAAAGUGCCUCCAGUCUGCUCUGUGCGUAGGGAACAAAGUGGCAAGAAAAUUGGAGGGUGCAGCAAAGCUGUGGGUUCCGGUUUGGAGUCUUGGCAUGAGUUGGCUUGGAAGAAGAGGCGGAGGAAGUGAAACGCUUGGCAAAUCUGUUUUAUACGCCAGAGCGCUAGAAAAUUUGCGCGCCUCAACGCUUGGAUUGGCAGGAGUUAAAUGCGGAGAAAUUUUCCCACCAUGUUAAUGCCUUAGUGUAGAAAAUUUUACUUGCUGCUGCCCUGGCUGCUUUUCGGUUUGAUGUAGUGGAUUUCUCUGGUGAUUCGCUCGUACUGGACGAACUUGAUGUUGUUCUUAUCCAGAAUUCCUCUAGUGGCCACGCUGACUGCCGACGCAUUGGGGCCCGCUUCGUAGGUGAUGAUCCUCUGCGCCCCAGCCGGCAAUUCGAUCAUUUGGACGUCUUCGUCCGGAUACUCGAUGAGAGGUUCGGCAAUGGUCAAUUUUCGCGCUUCCUCUAUUUGAGGCCGAGAAGCAGUUGCAGAAGUAAGAGGCUGCAAUGGAGCCGGCUGCGAAUGAAUGGGAGCCGGCGCAGCAGGAACUUCCUCUACGUAGAAAUCGGCAGGGACAGUCGACGGUGGUUUGGUCAAGUCAUUCAGCAUGUCGUAGGCGUCAAACAGGUUGCGGAAUAAAACUUCUUCCGGCGCCACGACCUGCAGUUGUGGUUUUUGGUAAAAUUUAGAAAAGCAUCUCAUCAUUGUUAACAUCAGCACAGUUAUAUUGUAAUUUAAUUUUAAAAAUUAAAAAAAAAAAUUAAAGUUGUCCAAUUAAAAAAAUUAAAACUGAAAUUAA